GUACACGGUGAGCAGCUGGGAAGAACAACGAAACCAGUGCCAGUGCGACUGGUGAAGAUUGCCGCUGAGAAUGCGUCACAAAUGGCUAUCCUGUCGUGGCGCUGGGACGGCAAUCUUCGUGACUCUCGAAAUAUUGCCAGCGCAGUACAGGUUGCCAAGUCUAUGUCUAUCAAGUACCUAUUCGUUGCUCUGAUCUCUAUUGAUCAAACCCUAGACGGCGAUUCCCUAAUCGAAGAAGUCCUGGCAUUUUCGACACUGUACAAGACAAUCACCGUGAUAGUUGCUUACGACAAGGUCAACGAGGAUUUCGACAAGACCACCGACCGCCCGUGGAUCUGUAGUGAGAUGCGACUCUACCGAUAGAACCCCGGCCAAAUCAUUUAUGUUGGCCAUUGCAAUCAGGGUACAGAUCGUAGGCCCGUCUACAGCUUUGUUGGACCCCCUCAUCGAAGAAGUUUGCUCAUACGCUAUGUGCGGGCUUAUGCUUUCUUUAAUCGCCUCGACAAAAACUGGACUGUGAGCUUCCUUGAGACUAUUAUCCGUGUUCUCUCCGACGACGUUGGCAUGGCAUCGAUCCGUGACUUCAAGUUUAUCAUACCUGCCUACGCUCUCGUCUUGUCGAAGGCUUAUGAGACCAUGAGCCGAGAUGACUAUCUCCUGACCGCUGCCAUCCUUUGCCGAGCUUCUCUCAUAUCCACCGAUAGACUAUGGUGGGAUACUAGGGCAGUGAACUAUAUACGAUACAGAUUUGGAACUACUCAGAUGUACGAUGGUUACUCCACAAAGUACAGCAUCGACUUAGACGGAAUCAAGGUCGCAUCGUGGAGCAGCAGCCCCCCCCC